AUGACUUCAGCAAGACUAUCUAGAGGGCAGCUCGUGGCUCUUGUGGUUAUAGGAAUAACAUUGUUUCUGUUGGGUUUUUUAAUCGGUUACUUCACAAUUCCAAAUGACGAUGCUGACACUACACGCCGUACUAUUGAAGAACUACGUACAGAUGAAAUGCACAAGAAAAAAAAGUAUCAUUCUAAGCUCUACAAAAGUCUGAACAAGGCUGAAAUAGGCAAAAAUUUAAGGUAUGUAUGACUGAACCAAUUUAAUUUUUACUUUUUAAAUCCCCGCUGCGGUAAAGUGAGGCGAGCUAGAGUUGAUGAGUGUUUGAAUGGGAAUUUACUCAACUCUCAGCCAGUUCCGGUCAAACGAGAACAAGAGUUGCUUAGCCUUUACCAGGACUUAAUUCGAUAUUGUAGUAGUUUCCAUCAUAGUUUCCAUGCGAGUCACCACACUAUCCUUAAACAAGUCACCACACUAUCCUUAAACAUAAGAUUUGAUGCUCCAGGAAAUGUAAACAAGCUAUCAGUGUGACAUCCCAGUUUAUAUACUUAUAUACUCGGAAUAUUGAUUUCUCGGUAUAUAUAUACAAAAUUAUUUUAAAGUAUAACAACCAGCGAAGAAGUAAGCCACUAACUACCCUGCGCGGCUGCGCGCAGACUACCGGGUGGCGCAAAAAAAAGUUAACCUGUUUGAUUUGUUUUCACUUAAAAGUUAAAAGAGCUAUUACACGUGAACUAAGUGCGUUGCAUUCAGUAUUGUCUAACUUAAAUUUUGAUAUACGCACUGUGCAUUUUCAUGCAAUAUUGUCCGAGAGAGCUGCGUUUAAACUUGAGUAACCAUUUUUGAAAGUGUCGAGAAUUAGCCAAAAACGGCCUAUCAAAUAUUUAAUACAGCAAUAACCUGUGCUUAGACGCACUAUUGUCAGAAAGUACACGUUCGUUGUCAGAGACCUGCCCAACGCCACCUGUAUAACCUCACGAGCAUUAUUUACCCUUGCAUAUUCUAAACAUAUCGAAACUCUUUGGUCCUUCGUUAAACGAUGCGUAUUUAUAAAAAACACUUGACGUUUCUUUCUUGGAACAUUAGAAUUUGAUUCCCCAGGGUCAUUGAAUAUUUAGAAUAAAUCUUUUAAUCAAAAUCGCUUCAUAAUUUAAUUUUCAUGCAUUCCCAAAGAAAAUCCAUCCAAUAAACAUUCUAAAUUUAAACUUCACUUCAUUGAAACGAAUAUUUACGAUAAAAUGGUAACGGUUAUCAAAUUAGUUUAACAGGCCGUUUUUAGCUAAUUCUCGACACUUCCCAAAAUGUUUAUUCAAGUUUAAACGCAGCUUUCUCGGUCAAUAUUGCACGAAAUUGCACAGGGCGUAUAUCAAAAUUUAAGUUAGACAAUACUGAAUGUAAUGCACGUAGUUUAGGUGUAAUAGGUCUCUUAGUUCUUAAGUUAAAAUAAAUCAAACAGGUUAACUUUUUUUUGCGCCACCCGGUAUAUAAUGACAUAUAUAUGUCAUUAUAUAGUCUGCGCGCAGGCUAGCCACUAACGUUUCUAGUAUGUUUUAAAUGUAUACACAAACGUUUUGCGACCGCCGACAACCGACCUCUGAACUUUGAUAAAUAAAGCUGAUUAUUGCGCGUUCUAAGUUUAUAUCAUACAGCGUCGAUUCCUCACUCCUGCUUAGUUUCUCAUGCGAAACAAUUAUGUUAAGUACAUAAAUACACAGCGUUAUUAAUGUGGUUAUAUUAAUAUGGUUCGGCUCUCCACAAACAUUCGUUGAGUGCCGAUGUUUAUUGUUUAGGACAUAACUCUCCGAUAUGAAGUCUGCGCUCAUGUUGAAUAUUUCACUCAAUAAUAUAUAGACACAAUAAAGAGCAACAGUGAUGUUAUAAUAUUAACACUAAAUGUUGAAAGUAGAGCAAAAACCUUUAUAAGAAGGGCUCGCCUUUGAAACCCAGUCACAGCGCUUCGAAUUUACAACUUGUCUCGGCAAACACUUGAUCAUCAAUCAUCAGAACAUCACACGCACGUGAAGGAUUAAAGAAGCCGGCCGAAGUGCAUUAUGGUAAAAAAUACCGGCGACCAUAAUGCAUCGCGCUUGGUUAAACUUCAGAUUUCAAUCCCCAUAUUAAAGUUUAGGUCUGCUGCCUUGCUCGGUCGCUUCAGGCGACCUCGCUGCGGCAGCAAUUAAGGUUACAUUAUAUGAUGAAAACACUGUUUCAUCAUUUUUUACAUUUUUAUUGAUUUAUAUUCUGGAGCUGGAGAUCUCUCGAUUGCCGCAAGUUUUUUUCCAAAAUAUUAAAAUGCGUCCGAAAUAUAACAAAGAAUGUUAUAACCACUGAUUCGUUCGCCGCGAAAGUUGUAACUGUAAUUGACAAUAUGUAGAUAGAUGUGAUACUCGAUACCGGAUGUGUGACCUUUAACCUCGCUUGUGUCUUUGUGGUGCACGACAGAUCUUCCACUGCAUUUUCGUUUGGCGGAUUUAGAUCGGUCUGUAUAGCUAUCCCCUUUUUACAUUAGCGUUUCGCCGGCAUAUUAGCAAGUUUUUUCGUGUGGUUUCUCACAUGUACAGUUUGUGAUAUACUGAUGAUGAGUGAAUCUGUGAAUGACACCGAAAACCCUUGCCAAAACACACUUUACUAAUUUUAAUCCUAUUACACUUCGAGGUGAUAACAGAGAGCGGAAAAACCCUGCCAAAUCUAAUAUCGUCUUUUAGGGUGAUUGAAAUAUUCUCAGAUUGUCCCCACAAAAAUAGUUUAGAAACGCGCACGUUUUAUCCGAUUCCCUCCAAACUUUGCCACAAUGUUGAACAAUGGUACAGGAGCAAAACCGUGUUCGCGUUUUUUUAUUUAGUGCCAUACUUUUCAAGUUAUAGGCAUCUAUUCUGCCGUUAUCCCAGAAUUUAGAUGAGUCAACUUGUCUGCUUUAUAUCAAAGCAAAUACAAUACCUGUCAAAAAACGCGAACAAGGUUUUGUUCUUUGAUCAUUUGAGAUGGGAAAUAUUAUGUUUCGGAAGCUUUUGAGUUAAAUCAGAAGCGUUCUAAUCUCGUGGCGCAAAGGCCGUCAUAUUUUCAAAAGCAACCCGUAGCAAGUACAGUUUUUAAAGAUGUAGAACUUUUGGCAAGUCGUUAGCUAAGCAAUGAUUUAUCAUUAUGCAUGCAAAAUUUGAAGGGGAAAACUUGAAAAUUGAGCGCGCGGUUAGCAUUUUGGUGAAAUGGGUUUCCAUCAUGUGGAGUAACCUUAAAGUUAAUUAUAACUAGGGUAUCUGCAAGGUAGGGAUUGCUGCGGGCAUUAAAAGCAAAUAGAACUACAGUAAACAGCACAAAUUAUAUCAAGCACAGUGAUUACUCGCAGCGACUAGUCAGCUGUGAAUGGAACUGAGAAGAAGCAAUAUAAUUAUAUUGAAGUAGCAAAUACCAGGGGUUAAAGGGCAAUCAGGGGUGACAGAUAUUUGUGCGUCGCAUUGCAUUGACAUACAGAUAAAUUAAGAUCAGAUUUCAUAUCAAGUCUGUUUACUGCUAGGCGCAUUUACCACAUUAUAUAGACUAUAUAUUUAUUUAUUAUUUAUCUAUUAACUUUACAAUCAUACAAAAAAUAUAACAAUGAUUGAAGGUAUGGUCAGCAGGACAUGAGUCCCAUGUAAAGACCAACCUGAUACAAUACAAUAAGUAGACAUACAUUAAAGACAAGGACUAGAACACUAUUUACAUAGCUAUAUAAAAAAUAAUAGUUUAGAUUAGAGCAGUAGGUUUUCCAAGUGCGCAUUCUGUUAACAUCGAAAGAAGAGUCUAAUUGAGAAGAGUAGUGAGAAUGGAGCUGGAACUUAAAGGAUGAAACAGACGAACUGUUACGAAUGAUUGGAGAGAGAUUGUUCCAUAGAAAGACAAUUCGGUUAAAAAAAAGAGUUUCUAAAAAGAGAGGUUUUGCACGGAUUGACUUGAAGCAAGUUGUCUUUGCUUGAACGGGUGCGAGAUGAGCGAUUAGAAGAAAAGGUGACAAAAGAGGAGAUAUCUAGGUCGUAGAGGCCUUGUUUGCAUUUGAAAAAAAAGAUGAGAUCCUUUAUUUCAAGCCAGUAAGAUAUAGGCAAUAAAUUAAGUUUCCUAAGACGCUCAAGAGAAGACAACUCAUAAUCAUGAAGUAUCACGGGCCUAAGAGUUUUAUACAACAGGCCCCUGGAAGGCAGCAAGAACAAGGCGGAAAUAGGCACAAAUUUAUGGUAUGUCUACAUUUCUAGCGCUUACUUAGUCUCAAUUAAAGGGCGUUUUCCUUUCGCUUAAUGAUGAUAUAAGUCGAAACCUGGAUAUAAUAAAUGAAAAUGAAAUUGUUUGGAAUAUGCAUUAUUUAGCACUUGAUCUAGUAUAAGCUAUAGGACAUAAACGGAAGAAUAAACAGUAGUCUAUUUCGCCCCUCUCUUCCCUUCAUUAUAGCGAACCUUCAUUAUAUGGUCCCGCUUACCCGGGAUUCAAUGAAGUGUGAUCUCACUGUGAUGUAUUUUGAGCAAAUGAAAUAAGUCGCAAUUCAUGAUAUAACAAAAUUGCUUGUUACAAAUUGUAUCAAAUUCCAUGUUUUAGACAAAAAACAAAUGUUGUUGAAUGUUAUUAAUCAUCUUCUUCCACUACAUAACUUCUAGUGCGUUCCUAAUUUCGUUUAAAUAAUAUUUAAAGUUAUCUAACUUUUGUUUAGGGCAGAAACACAUAUUUAAAUUGCUCAAAAUAGGUCACACUUCAUUGAAUCCCCGGGUAUGCGGGACCAUAUAAACAGCCCCUUAAAGGAAGGCUUAAUAUAGUGUAUGGACCUGACAAGAAACAGCGUUAAAUUUUACACUUAAAACUACAGUAUAAACCACCGAUAUUGGUAUUAGAUCUCUAUAAACUACCGAUAUUGGUAUUAGAUCUCGUAAAGAUGACGUCCUCGAAGUAUCGUUGUAUACGUCUUGUAUAUACAACGGCUACAUUACAAGCUGAGACAACGAUUUCAAAUUGAAUCCUAGAACUCUUCUCAACCAUAAAUACUUGUCCUAACUUCGAUCGUUAGAAGUUAUUAAUUUCAUAUACGGUGGAUAUAUAACUGACAGAUUUACACAUGACAUGUUUUAGUUCGGUUGCAGCCGUGAUAAUGUCCUAUACGCUACUACCUUCCCGACGCCUUCGCUCGAAACGUCGAAGUUUCGCUUAUAUCUUCAGGUAGUUGCAUCAUAUUCCUGACAACGCAGUAAAAGAAAGAUGAAGAUGAGAAAAAAUUGUUUCCGUGAAACUACCGUUUAUUUUGUCACAUUGCCGUACUAGAUCGAUUCCGCAGUAUUUUACUGUGAGCGAAACCAAAGGACAAAGGCUAUUAGUAAUAUCAGGGGAUUAGUAAAGCAGCGUGAGGUUUUGAGUUAAGCUCGAAACGUGAAACUAUUUUAGAAUAUACUAGCAACACGUCCACCCUGCGUUUGAGGUAUCAAAUGUCACUGACCAUGGAAGCAUACCUAUAUAAUCGAUUUGGUUAAACGAGGUUGAUGCUUUGUGAUAAAAUGAAACUUGGAAAAGUGACAUAGAAAAACUUAUAACAAAGUGGUCUAACUUCAACACUUAUACAAUUCUGGCUAGCCAUUUUAAUAGCUUAAAGGCUAAAGGUUUAUUUAAGAUUUAACAAAGACUAUAUAUAUAAGGAAGUAAAGCAACUGUUCAUGCACUUCGCAUUCUACUUGUCAUAUAUUCAAAAGCCAAUAUAUUACAAAAUAUCUUUAAAAUCCAUGAACGGGUAUGAAACAGAUUAUAAUCGAACAACAACUACUGUUCAAAAGGAUCAGGAGGUGGACAAAUCUUUUUUGUUAUGCAUUAAAUCUCUUUUCAUGUUUGUUCUGAAUAUUGAAUUUUGUUACUAUUUUUAUGUCAUUUUAAAAAGGUAUUUUUCUAAGCGACCCCAUGUUCCUGGAACAGAGAGAUCCAAAGAGUUGGCUGAAGAAAUCGCUAGAACUUGGAAGGGUUAUAAUUUCGACCAAGUGGAAAUGCCAAAAUAUAAUGUUCUUCUUCCUUAUGUUAAUCCAAAUAUUUCAAAUAAAGUACAAAUUUUGGAUACUGGAAACAAGACUGUGCUUGAGUUUUCCGGGAAGGAACAGGUAUGUUUUCGUUUUGCAGUGAUAAUUGAUAAUUGCCAUCAUUUGCAUUGUUAAAAACAGAAUCAUCAUCACCACCAACUUCAUCAUUAUCAUCGCCAUUAUCAUCACCAUCGCCAUUAUCAAAAGUAUCACCAUUAUCAUCACAUACAGCAUCAACAUCAUCAUCGAUAUUAUCACCAAAAUGUUCACCAUAUUAAUGAUCAAUAUCACCAUUACUGCCAUCACCAUUAUCAUCGUAAUUGUCAUUAUCUCUUUUACCAUUAUUAAAUCAUCACUGUUAUAUUAAACCAUUAUGAAUAUCUUUAUAAAAAAGUUUUCGAAAUAUAUUUCGACACAAAUUUAUUGAUUCUUGUGUAUCAUUCUAUUCGGAUGUCGAAGUUGGCAGAUCCAAGUGAAGACGAUGAGACAAUGAUUCCUCCAUUUCUUGGAUAUUCGAAACAAGGAUCAGCUAGUGGCAAGCUGCUUUAUGUGAACUAUGGCCGCACAGAGGACUUUGAUGUAUUAAAGAAGAACUGUAGCAUUCCAAACUGUAAUGGAUACAUUGCCAUCAUGAGAUACGGCAAAAUAUUCCGUGGUGAUAAGGUAUUUAUUUAUUUUUUAUCUUGUGCCGCUUGUUCAAAGAAGCGGUUCAACCAUCGGUCAAAAGUGCUUACAGUUGCGUCGCCAUAAGAAAACUGCACAUUUUCCUUUCUCUUCAGGUAAAAAAUGCUCGCGAAUGCGGUGCCGUUGGUGCCAUUUUGUACAACGAUCCUGCAGACUUUGCCCCAGAAGGCCAGGACAAGGUAUAUCCUCAAUAUAUCUGGUUGCCAAAGACUGGUGUUCAACGGGGAUCUAUUUUUACCAGUCGCGGAGACCCUAUAACACCUGGACUGCCGUCUAUUGAUGGCGUUUACCGAAUAUCUCCCGAUGAUGCCAGUCUUCCAGAAAUCCCAGCAGCGCCCAUGCCGUACGGUGACGCUGUAGAAAUCAUGAAAAUUAUGGAAGGUAAAUCUCGCCUACUGAGACGUCUCGCCUAGUACUGGGACGAACAUUCCCGUGUGUCCGUAUGGAGUUUUUUUAAAUUAACUGCGUUGUAAUUUCACCUCGGCAAGCUCAGUAGUGAUCAAAUUGAGAUAUAAUUAGCGCUUUGAAAACUUGUACAUUUCAGUCAUGCAUCACAAAUAUUUUAACGAGUUUGGUGUUUUUCAUCUUUUAAUUUAUUUACAAGAAAAAUCAUUGCUUUGCCAACGUAUUUAAGACUUGUUUACAAAACAAAGAUAAAACUAAGUAAAUUGUUAAAUUAAACGAUAAAAUCUAAAAUUUGGUUUCUUGACUUCAUCCUGGUACGCGAGCUAAGACCUUAUCUAACUCUCGGGUUACACUGCCGGGAUCUCGCCAAGCAUCAUGCCAGCCCGCUUCCUCAUAUGAACACGAUGUAAAUCUUUAUACUACUACAUGGCAACAUAAUAGGUAGGCUAGGCGGUGACUCGUUAACAAGCCUUUAGUAAAAUUGGUUAUAAAAUUAUGUAAAAAAACGUCCAUUUAUUUUGUUUACAUGUAGGUCAAGAAGUCCCAGACAGCUGGAAAGGUACACUCAAUAUUACCUACAGACUUGGUAAUGGAGGAUUAAAAGGAAACAACUCCGUUGUGCGAAUUGAAGUCAAUUUUCCUAACACAGAACAAGAUAUUUACAACGUCAUUGGCACCAUAUAUGGCAGGGAAGAACCGGAUCGUUGGGUAUUGAUAGGAAAUCAUAGGGACGCUUGGGGAUUUGGUGCUGUAGAUCCUUCCAGUGGGACAGCGGCCAUGAUGGAAAUUUCACGUGGCUUGAGCAUGUUAUUAAAACAAGGUAAUUGUUCUAAUGUAGUUGCCAUUUUAAAAUAUCAUUCGAGAGCGUUCUCAGUGGUGCCUAAAUUACGAAACCAUUAAAUAAACAAUGCUUUUAACUAAGCCACAAAUGAGAGAUUCCAUCAUCCCAGGCGCAUGUCUCUGUCCUAUUACCUAUCCCAAAAUUAAAAUAAAUCAAGAAUGAAUCACGUCACGUAAACUGAUUAAAGUUAGAAAAUAAAGAAAUACAAAAUAAAAAUAACGAAGUAAAACGUUACUUCUCAAAACGACUUCGUUCCAAGUAAAAGUUUACUUUGUUACAUGCUCACUUCUCAAACAUAGUACUCAAGUACAGUAACAGGGUACAUUUACUUCGUUACUUGACACCACUGAGCGUUCUAUAUUUCCCGUUUCGUUUUAAAUAGUUGAAAACGAAUGGAUUCUUUACCAUAGCGAUUGCGCCAUCCAGUGACGAACAAUGAUUGACCAGAAUGUGUCAUUGUCUUUUCAGUGUUCCGAAAAUCUCACUGUUCUCUACGUUAUUCAGUUACUUAUAGUUUUGGCACACAUACUGUAUGCAUAUAUGAUGGAUCGAUGCAUGACCGUUAGUUGUUUGUCCGUCACUCGCCUUGGGCUUGGUCAUACUUCACUGAAAGAAUGUUCGUCGACGUUAACUGUAUAUAACUAAAUAAAUGUUUUUCUAUUGUGUUACAACGCAAUCAUCAAGAUCUGGAAAACUGUUUUAAUUAAAGAGGUUUCUUUUGACAGUCUCUCUAAUCCUGUAGUUUUAGAUACUCUAAAACACUUAGCUGUAUUUAUAACUUUGCAUGACAUGGCUUGUUCCUUGGUUCGACCGAAACUGUCCUUUGCGAUAGGAUCUAAAUUUCAGUGAUAAUAAUUUUACUUACGUUUGGGCAGGUGCGUUGUGUGAUUCUUCGAGUCGCGUUUCCUCGAGGCCUAGGAUCGUAUCGUAAUUUUGUUAGUUUAGGUUUUAAGUACAUAGUUAAAUAUUUUUACAUGUUUUCGCUCGCUACUCUGAUUUAAGUAAAUUAAUGCAAAGGGUCGUGAAUUGAAAUACACCCUUCCGGAAAGUAUGUCACUUUGGCUCUAUAGCCUCGUUUUCGCGUAUGUGACAUAAGUUAAAGCCUCAUCUCAAUCACGAAAACGAGGCACUACAGCAAAGGUGCACAUGAUGUACCUUCCACGACGGUGUAUUCGAAACGGCUUUGCAUUUAUUUACACUUAAACCAGAGUAGCGAACGAAAGCACAUGCCUUAUGUUUUUGCUAACUUUAUCAUUGUACAAAUCUAUGAAGGUUGGCGUCCCCGGCGUACCAUUAAGUUCUGUAGUUGGGGAGCAGAAGAAGCAGCUUUGAUUGGCUCUAAUGAAUGGGUGGAGGAACACGAACGAGCUUUGUCAACCAAAGGCGUCACUUACAUCAACAUUGAUGUUUCAGUUGCUGGUACUCACAUGCUAAUUUUGAAAGGAUCUCCCCUGUUCGAGACCGUCAUUGCACAAACUGUUAAAAAUGUUGAAGAUCCACAUCUCAAUAAAAGCGACGGAAAACGACAGACCGUGUACGAAAGAUUGGUAGAAGUCUCUCAUUCUAGUGAUGGUAGAAUUCCAUUUGGUAGUCUCGGAUCUGGGUCUGAUUAUGCUAGUUUUUAUCAAUUUGUGGGUAAGAACCUUACAAUAGAUUGUUUACACAAUCUAUUUUGCAGAUUAUUGACAAUGUUUAUUGACGCUGUAAAACUGACGCCAUAUAUAGUUAUAGAGCAAAAUAGCAUAAUUUUACAAAUAAAGUACUAAAUAUACUUUUUAAGUUUUUGCCGCUUGAGAAACGCAUCAAAUAUUAAAAAAAUGAAUAUAAUCGUAACCAAGUGGAAAAUAAUAUUUAUUAGUUUUGAGCGCGUGUUACGUAACAUACAAAAGAUUCUCCUCUUAAUAGAAGGGUACAGUACAUACAUUACAAAAUUCUGGCUUAAACUGGAUCUUGUUCAAUAACCAAUGCUAAUGAAAAUCCAACAAGUUACAUUAGCAAUUCUCCUGUAUCUAGUUUUGCCAAGUCACCUAUCACACAAACUCAAGUACUAAGUCUGUUUUUAACACUUGACAAGUAUCAAAGCCUCUUUUGAUAUUCCAAAUGCAAUGAUAAAAAAGAUAGCCCCAAUAAUCUCACCUGUGUUUACAAAUAUAUAUAUAUGAAUAAUACGGGUAUUGGUCCAGGCAUUCUAAAGAUUUCACGAGUUACACCCAUAUACAAAUCUGGUACAAUUAAAAAUCCAAGUAACUAUCAACCAUCAGUCUUGUCAGCUUUUUCAAAAAUACUGGAAAAAAUAUCAAUUUGGAUUUAGAAAAGGUUAUUCGACAGAACAAGCGAUACUUGAAAUUACAGAUACCUUAAAAACUACAACUGAUAAAAAAGAAAUAACGUGUGGACUAUUCUUGGAUUUUUCGAAAGCCUUUGAUACUGUCAAUCAUUAUCUAAACUUGACAAAUAUGGAAUACGUGGGACCCAGUUGGAUUGGUUUAAGAGUUAUUUAAUGAAUAGGAAACAGUAUGUACGGAUUGGUAAUAGUGAUUUAGAAAUGCUUACAAUGACUUGUGGAGUUCCGCAAGGUUCAACUCUCGGACCAUUAUAUUAUUCUUAAUUUAUAUAAAUGACAUGCCUAAUUGCAGUACCAAACUUUCAUUCCGAAUAUUCGCAGACGACACAAAUGUAUUUUACUCAAACACAAGUAUUGAAGAUGUUGAAAACGUUAUGAAUAUAGAAAUUGAAAAAAUAUUUCGUCACUGUGCUACAAAUAAGCUUUCAAUUAAUUUGGAAAAGACAAAUUUUAUGGUUAUCACUAACUCAAAUAAGAAAGUUAGAGAUAUAGACCAUUUUCAUAAAUGGCUGCCGAUUAAAAAUUCUUUUAUGUGCAUAUAAGUGGGCCCAACUAGAAGGGCCGGAUUAACCACGUGACAGAUGUGGCAUAUGCCGCGGGCCUCGCGCUUAUGGGGGCCUCACGCUUUACUGUGCCACGCCCAUUUUUACGAGAACACGCCUAUUUUCUAUUGGGACUCGCGAAUUUAGGGACCCUAGGCUUGGCAGUUGACCACAGCAAAAUAUACAAUAUUCGUAUGCAUCGGUAAUCUCCAGUUGCGCUGAGCUGUUAUAUAUAAUCCUGUUUAUACUUGUUGACCCAACAACUGGGCCAGGCAGGCAAUUGUUUAUAAUUGAUGCCAAUCAAUUGAAAGCAAUAUUUAACAAUUUCGUGUGUCUUUGAAUUCAAAGGUUUUCAAAAUGGGGCUCGCGCUAAAAUCUGCCACGGGCCUCGCGCGACGUUGAUCCAGCUCUGCCAACUAGCCUCGUUUGUGGGUAGAAAUUCCUUUGAAAUCUUAACAUGAGUACGAGGCUAGUUGGGCCAAUUAUAUGCACAUAAAAGAAUUUUUAAUCGGUAGCCAUUUAUGAAAAGGGUCUAUACGGAUUAAAAACAUUGUUAAAAGAGACUUUAAUAAAUAUCUUGGUAUAUAUAUUGAUAAUAAUCUAAAUUGGAAGUAUCAGAUCGAACACGUAAAUAGUAAAAUUGCUAAAAACACUGGAAUAAUUAAUAAAGUUAGAUGUUACAUAGAUUUGAAAAUGCUUAGUCCCUUCCUUACCAUAUAAAAAAGUCAAAUUCAGUUUCUGUUUUUAAGAAUAGGUAUAGUCAAUUCCUUAUUUAUUCGCAAAUAUGCAUGCCUACACAGUUCUGUUAUGUCGCCGUCAUAUACUUUUAUAUAAUAAUAUGAUACAUAUAUACAGUGAUCAACUCGAAAGCAUUUUGCUACUUUGAUCACUGUACACGUUUGUUUAAUAUAGUAAUUUUAAUAUGUGGGUUUUGGUUUUGUAACUAUAUAAUUUUUCUGAAUGUUAUCCUUGGUUUAUAUACAUGUGAAAUAAAUGUGAUUCUGAUUGUAUUAGAGAGCGGGCAUUUAAUCGACCAUUUAUGGUUAUUAAUUUCAGUGAAAAUCUCAACCCACGGUAAAAAUGCAUGGAACGUUUUUAGCCGGUCAGCAAGAUGAUCAAAAUUUAUAUUCUUUUUGUAGGCGUGCCAUCGUUAGAUAUGUACUACCUCGGUGAGGGCAUCUAUCCAGUUUACCAUAGUGUUCACGACACGUACAAAUGGCUUCAAGGUUUGGUAGACACAGACUUCUCAUAUCAUCUUACGGUUACGCAAGUAGCAGCAAGAGCACUGAUGUCGACCGUUGACAGCAUCGUACUGCCACUUGAUGUCCGCCAAUACGCUAAAUCCUUGCGAAAAUCUUUCAAGAAUUUGAAUGAUACAUAUGGCAUGGAACUACGCCAGAAUAACAUCACCUUACAUUACAUCGAUACGGCAAUUAUCAGGUAAGACCAUUGUAUAUUUUUCCUUGACGAUUUUCCCUUUUUAUUGUAUCUUAGUGAAAACGAUGAUAUUAAUCUUAGUCUUCACUAAACCAUGACCAGGCCAUGUUUACAAUUAUGAGCGCGAAAACGCAAGUCAUGCAGGCAAAACGCUAAGACGUUAAUUUUUCACUCAAAAUGGCGAGAACCCGAGACGAUAAUUUUCACAUGUGAAAAAUAUCGUCCGCCUUGAGCAUACGAUUUUUAUUCCACCUAUUUACUACAGGGAAAUCUCUAUACUUACAUACAAUAAAUUAUACUAUAAACACAUAAUAACCUCAUGCUUUUUUAUUAACCAAAAAAUUAUAUUUCCCAAAUAUUGUUUCAACAUGAAGUAUUAAACUACAGCUGACUGAACGCUGGCUCGUAUUAAGUGGUAAUUAUCAUUUUCUUUUUUACAUUUUUGUGCAGAAUUGCAAAAAUAAUUUUAAAAAUUAGUACUUUUAAUUUCAGAAAUAUAAAAUUUGAUUUAAUUUAUAAAAUGAAUACCCUUGCCGCGGGCUAUCGAUCGGACAGUGCAUGCAGACCAGUUGGGUAUUGCCGUUGGGUCUCUCCUCAUUUUAACACUAAUAUCAAACAAAUCAAUUUGUUUUCUUCAUGCAUUUGCAGGUUCAAUAACGCAUCUGUGAAAUUCCAUGAAGAGGUAGACAAAGCCAUCAAAAGUAAGAACGAGAUUGAACUCCGUGGUCUAAAUGACAGGAUGGUGAACGUAGAAAAAUCCUUCAUUUACAGUCUUGGUCUUCCAAAUCAAAAAUUCAACCGUCACGUUAUUUUUGCGCCACCUUUCAACAACAAUUAUGCCAGUGCCCAUUUCCCUGGGAUAUCUGAUCUCAUGUUUCCGAGCAAUAAGACUGAGAAAGACUGGGGGGAAAUACGAAGACACAUUUCCAUUGUAUUCAAAUCAAUCAUGUCUGCAGCAGAGACGCUAAAUGAAGACGCAAAGUAA